GAGGCGAAGCUGGAGAGGGCGCACGGCCAGCUCCAUGGGAUGCGGGAGCAGCUCGCGGUCACCGAGAAGGCCAGGAAGGACGCGCGCGCAGCGCUCGUGGAGGCCAAGAAGCGCUUGGCCGCAAAGAAGAAGGACGAUCUCGCCGCUUCGGCGCCGGUCGAGCACGAUGGCGGCAAGGAGCCAGCCGCCGCAGCCAAGGAUUCUGGUGUCGAUGAGCGUGACGACAACGAGGAGAAAAGCUACGUGGCGGCGGUAGUGCCGAGAGAUCACUCGGUGAACAACGAGGACCCGCCGGUGGUCGAGGAGGGCAACAAGACUAGUGAUGGGGAGGAGACGAGCAAUGUCGUUGACGAUGACGACGAUGGCAACAACAACAAGAAGGGCAGCCCGGAGGUUGAGACGCUGAGGGCGAAGCUGAUGGCGAAGGACAUGGAGGUGUACGAGCUCAGGGCGAAGCUGAUGGUGAUAGACACGGAGGUUGACGACCUGAGGUCCAAAGUGGUGGGCAAGAGCACGGAGAUCGACGAGCUGAAGGCGGCGCUGAUGGCGAGCGACGAGCUGGUCGACAAGCUGACGGCGAAUCUGCUGGUCAAAGACGCGGAGAUCGCGGCUCUCGAAGCCGACAACGCCGACCUCACCAAGAUGGCCGAAGAGGCCGCCGAGGCCGCGAAGUCGACGGCCGCGAUGGCGCGGGAGACCGAGCACGCGCUGAGGGAGAGCGCGGCGCGGGAGGCCCGGCUCGCCGAGCGGCUGCGGGUUUCGGAGCACGCCCGGGACGCGCUGGAGGCCAACGCGCAGCGCUUACGCGUGCAGAGCGAGCAGUGGCGCAAGGCCGCAGAGGAGGCCGCCGCGGUGCUAGCAGGUGGCAGCGGCGGCGCCGUGGACAAUGGCGGGUACGACAAACGGCGCCACUGGUCUGGCUCGGCCUGCGCUGGUGGUGGUGGGAGUGAAAGCAAUGCGGCGGCCAAGGACGACGACGAAGACGGAGCCAGUGGCAAGCGAAAGCCCGCGGGCGGCGCCAUGCGGGCGCUCAGCGACCUGUGGAAGAAGAAGGCGCAGAAGUGAUCUCGAAUUCAUUUUGCUCUUGUGUUCUGUUCUCUGCUAUUCCCCAAGGAUAACACCGUCGAGGUUAAUUUACUGGACUAUUUAUGUUGUCUUACUAAGGUAUAUUAAGAUUAAUUAGCCAAGAUGGUAUAUACCCAAAAUAAGCUCCGUGUUGUGUCUGUCGUGUCAUCGUGUGUUACGGGCUUACGGCUUACUGAUUGCCCAGUUCGACUUCUAAAUUAUGAGAAGAACAUUGCUGUGUGCCUGAGUGGUCCUGUACUUUUAA